GAGACAGAGAGGCUGACUACAGCAGGACUUCUCCAGGAGAGUGGAGAGGAACCAGCACAUCGAUUACUAUUCAGUACCCCACAGCAGUGGCGAGAACGGGGUAAACAUCUCCAUCGGCUGUGGAAGACCUCGUCUCUCUUGCCCUCUGUCUGUCUGUCUCUCUCCCUCUCUCUCUCUCCCUGUCAGCAAGGCUUGUGAUUAUUAUAUGAUUGAUCCAGGGGAAAAUGCUGAAGUUUCGUGCGGACCGGAGGGCGAGUCAGUAUGAGCAGAAUGGGACAGCUGGACACCCAGUGAUCAGGAGUCACCUGGUGGAGAUCCGAAGACCUCAGAAUCAUCUGCAGAGCUCCAAUCUGGACAUGAGCAGCAAGGCUUCUGGGAAAAGAUUUGUGAGCUUCGCCAGCGACGUCAACGCCAACAACCUUAACAUGGUGUCUGACCUUUCCCCAGAGCCCCAGCCGGGUGGGCAGACCCCCCGUGCGAUCAGAAAAGCCGCCACCUUCGGGAAGCGGUCCAACUCGAUGCGCCGAAACCCCACGGCAGAGGUCACCAAACAGGGCUGGCUGUACAAACAGGCAAGCAAUGGAGUCAAACAGUGGAACAAGCGUUGGUUUGUGCUGACCGAUCGCUGUCUCUUCUACUACAAAGAUGAGAAGGAAGAGGCAGUGCUGGGGAGUCUCCCUCUCCUGAGUUUUCGGAUCGGCCCAGUCCAGCCCGUGGAUAACAUCAGCCGCAAGUUCGCCUUUAAGGUGUUCAGCGAGGACGACGAGGACGACAGUAACAUCAGUUCCACAUUCUGCCUGCAGGUGGAGCACGCUGGCACCCGGACUUACUACUUUAGUGCUGAGAGUCUGGAGGAGCAGGAGGCCUGGGUGGCGACUAUGAGUGAAGCGGCGUGCAUGGACAUCCCAACUACACAGAGGAACAACUCUGAGAACAUCCCUCCCCCAGGACUGAACAACGCCUCGGUCGCCAAGAGGGUGGAGCCUUACUCGAGGGGGGAGGGGGACGGCAGAGGGACGGACCUGAGGGAGCACAGGCGGGGCGUGGUCAGGGGGGAGGCGGAGACUCCGGCCACAGCCCUGACCCCAGACAUGGACGGCAGAGGCGGGGAGAGGGGCGGAGACAGGGGUAGGGACAGGGGCAGGGAGAGGGUCGUGGACAGGGGCAGGGAGAGGGGCGGAGACAGGAGCAGAGACAGGGGUGGGGACAUGGGCGGGGAGAGGGGCGGGGAUAGAGGUGGAGUUCCUCAGCCUAACGGAUGGGGGACGUACGGCGCCUACCAGCCCCAGGAGUCCCGGGAAGCGUGGGAGGCGCGGGACCACGCGUUGCUGCACAGGGGCUUUGCAUCCCACAUGCCGCCCGACCGCAUGGCCCAGAGGCAGAACUCCAUGACGCAGCUGCAGCAGUGGGUGAACCAGCGCAGGGGCCUGGCUGCGCAGGAGGAGCUGCAGAGUCCGUCUCAUUAUUACACUGUGAAUCGGGGUGUCCCCUCGGACUGCUACGGCGUGUAUGGGGGCCCGCGCUACGUGGAGGAGUACGCCCUGUACCCUCCGGGGGUGCGUCCCGAUAGCAUGUGCUCGGUGUCGGGGGGGUUCGAGCGGCUGCCCCCCCAAUGGACGCCAGAGGAGAAGCGGCGCUCGUUGCGGGACGGGCCCCUGUACCCCCGGGGGGCGCAGUGGGGCGUCCCGCACGCCCAGCAGCAUCCCGGAUACUACGCCCCACUGGGCCAGGCGCAGGGUGGGGUGACCCGGCUCUCCAUGCCGCCCCGCUCUCGCUCCGUACCCCGCUCCCCAUCCUCCUCGCAGGGGCCCUACUCACCCAUGCGCUCGCCCAGCGCCCGCUUCGACAGGGACCGCGACGACCUCGUCUACGCCGACCCCUCCAUCUAUGGCCUGCGCAGGUCCGUCAGCUCACCCAAGUAUGAGUUCCACAGAGACAGGCGCCCAAUGGGCCCAGCUGUGUAUCACUACCACUACCCCGGCUCCCUGCAUGACACCAUGGACGACAUGGUGGACCUGCAAAUGCACAGGAACCUGGACUACCUGGAGCAGCAGCAGGUGGCACCAUUCCAUGACAUCUACACGGACCUUCCCCCAGAGCUGGCAGAGAUAGAGAUUGAUAACCUUCUGGGCCGACUCUGUGAGCAGAACCGUCUUCUGAAGGAGCAGGAGGUUCUGGUCCAGCGCCUACGGGUGGAGAAGGACAGCCUGGAGGGGGCACUGGUGGCCACGCACCAGGAGCUGGAAAUGUACCGAGGCCAGCCGGCGUUGGCAGACAAGCUGCACAUGAAGAAGGAGACCUUGCAGAACCAGCUCAUUAACAUCCGAGGAGAGCUCUCCCAGGCCUCUAGCGUCUUGACCACCACGAGGAUGGAAUUUGAGGUCCUGGAGGAUGAGGUAAACGCUAUCCAUGGGGACCUCUGGGAACAGCUGAAUGCGGGCGGGCAGAGUGAGGCGAUACACAGACACUUCCAGAAGGAGUUCUGGAAGAUCCAGGAUGUGCUGGAGGGUCUUCACAAGAACAACCCAUCUCGAGGCACUGACACAGCCACACACAGAGUGGCCAGUUUGGCUUCAGGGUCCUUCAGCACAAACAGCCCGGCCAGUCCCCUGAGCUCCGUCAGCCUGACCAGCCCUCUCAGCCCCUUCUCGCCCGUUUCUGGGUCACAGGCGUCACCCCCCAAGCAGGUGGGCAUGGAGGAUGUCAGUCCCCCUCGGCCUCCACUCCCCAAAUCCUACCUCCCCCUGGAAUCCCCUCCCUCCUUCCCCCCAUCUGCCUCCCACUUGCCCUUCGAUAGGGGUGCCUGGCUCUGUCGCUCCAGCGCGCUGUCAGGGAGUCUAGAGGAAGACUAUGAGGAGGAGGAAGAGGCCCAUCUCAGACAGCAUAAAUACACUGUGGCUUCAGACACGUCCUCAGGAGACAAGGCUAACUGUGACCGGGUGGAGUCUGAGAAUGACCGCCAAGCCAACAUGAAUAAAGUCGGUAUCGUUCCUCCGCGAACCAAGUCUCCCACGGAAGAGGAGCUGAAGCCUGUUAACCUCACACAGCGCAGGAACUGCACAGCGGCCAACGGAUACGGCUCCAAGGGCCGUCCGAAGAGCGCCGUGUUCCCAGCAGAGGUGAAGUCCAAGAUGAGCGUGGAGGAGCAGAACGAGAGGAUCCGGAGGAACCAGAGCAACUCGGUGCGGGACAAGAGGCGCAGCCUGAACCUCUCCGGAGCACAGCAGAGCGACGCCUUCCGGCCCAGCUACAGGGUGGUGCGGCGGAGGCUCACGGCUCACGAGGUGGACAUUAAAGACCUCGAGGCGGCGGUACGAGGGGAGGGGGUGGAGUCUCCGAGGGAAGAGAUCGCCCGACUGCGACGACUGCAGAUCGAACCCGAGCACUAUGACCUGGACGUCAAGAAGGAGCUGUCAACAGACAAAGUUCUGAUCCAGGAGCGGUACGUGGAGGAGGAGUCAGACUCGCCCCUCAGCCCGGAGGAGAUCUUGGAAAAGCAGAAGAAAGUGGAGAGGAUCAAGACCCUGAUUGCUAAGUCAAAUCUGCAGAACGUGGUGCCAUUGCUGGACGGUCCAUCGGAGCGGCAGGCCGACCCCGAGCAGCAGCUUCAGGAGCAGGAGAAGCGGAUCGAGAUCUCCUGUGCGCUGGCAGCCGAGGCCUCACGCCGCAGCCGGCUCCUGUCCGCUCUGUCCACCACCAACCCCCCAGCCUCCAUGCCUGACCUGACCCCUCCCCCCUCUGCUGACCUCUCUGACUCCUCCCACUUUAUCAAGGUCUAACUUUGCAGCCCAGGCCCUGGCUGCCGUCAAGUUUAACGGCGCGACCUUCUGAGCACUUACUGAAGAAAAGGACAUACAGACGGAUUUAUUUUUUUUCUUUUCCCAUAAAGUAUAUUUUUCCAUUCAGUUAUUUUUGCAACUGUGAGAGAGAAUAUGAAAAAGAUUCUUUAUGGUCUGCAGCUGCGUCUAUAUGGUUUCUGGAUAUGUGAGUGACAGGUGGCACAGGCUUUGACGGUGACAGUCUCUGAACAGCAGGGGGAGCUCUUGCAGUCUCUCCCCAGACGGUGGCCGCAGGAUACAUCCCCGCUGUUGAUGCUUUGCAGAAGAGCCGGGCUGUGUGUGAAAGACAAACUGUAUGUCUGGAACAAGGAUUUACCAAGGUGAAAUCAUGCGGUGGGGAGGUGGAGAGGUUUACAGUUGUUAUUGGAGAGUUAUCCGAGUACGAGCGGGGUGUAUCCAAGGUAAAAGCCAACGUUUGCAGGGGUCAGAGCAGCAUAGGAAAUGUCACACAACUGCAGGCAGAGUCUUACCCAAGCCCUUGUCUUCUUCUACAUGCUGAGGGUUGGGGGAAUUCUUCUGUGGAUAUGGCUUCCGUGCGGGACUGAAAAAAGUACGGACCCAGUGUUGCACAGCUGUUACGGCAAGACAAUUAGACCCCUGGAAAGCUAAUCAGCCCAGGACGGGACAGGUGUCCCUGUGCGCCUCUCACACCCUGGAGACGAGGUACGGAACACUGACUGUGACCCCUGACCUUGGGGGUGGGGCCUUCAGCAGCACUUGCAUGACCACAGACUUCCUACGCCAUGUGACUCCCUACAUGACCAAAUAAGGAGCGCUCCCCAUGUGGGCCAGUGCCAGUGUCCACGCUUUGUGGUGUCUGUUACCCCUUUGAUUCUUCACUUUGUCCAGUUUGGGACCUUUUUUUUAUAUAAACUACCAUUGUCUCAAAUAUCUUUGGUAAUGUUCCUCCCAGCACUUUCCAGUGUAACACCCUAAAGCACCAAGGCUAGUAAAUGUGCCUGGUUCUGGGCUAAUAGCAUACGUGAUUGGUUAGAUGAUAUGUCUGGUUCUGUGGUUUCUUUCCAUGUUACAUCAUAUGGAAAUGCACAUGAUAUAUAUAUAUGUACACAUGUAUGUAUAUACAGUAGCAGACACUGUAUGGCAGGUGUUUUAUUGCUAUGCUAAGUAAACCUAUCACAAAAGCUGGCAAGCUAGUGUUUGUUGUCACUUCGUUGCAAGCAGAGAGUAUUGCAGGUAGCCAGAUAAAGUUAAGCUUGCCAUUACGUGCACAUCACAAUUUGCAAGCAAUAAUUUGUUCUUUCAGUUUCUGUGUCAAAAUGGAAAGUAAUAAAACCACAUAAUUGACUAGUCUGAGGUGUUUCACCCAGGACCAGACAUAGGACAUACUGUACGUGUGAUGAACCAGGAACCCGGCACAACUGGUCACUGAGUGCUUGCGGUCAUUACACCAGUCCUAAACCGAACGUGCUGUAGCUAUACAUUGAACAUAGCUUUGCAUCAUAGCUGUCGUGAUAUCCCUCAUGUGAUACUUUAUAGAUUAAUAUUGUUCAAAGAAAUACAGAAUAUAGUAAAGGGCGUGCAAACGCAGAAGUGACCUUAGAACUGAAAGUCUCCUUUGGCUGGAAUGGCUGUUUGCUUGUCAGAUGAUGGGCUUGAGACCAGCAUUACAGUUCCUCAAAACAAUGCAGUAUAUAUCAACAUUUUACACUCCCAGCUCACUUUUUUUUUCUUUUUUUGUAGAGGAUGGACAGAGAGCUUAUUUGACAUGCAAGAUGAUACAUAUUUAGAUUCCCUGUCAUAUGUUUUUUUUUUUUCCAGGAAAGGAUUAGAUCAUCUGUACCUUUCAGUUUCUCAUUUCCAGGAGUGCUCUCUGUCUUCUGCCUUCUCUCACAUCUGCUCAGGAUUUUUUUUUUUUUUUGCAGGAGUGUGGAUGUGUUCAAAUGUCUUUUUGUCAUAUGUUUAUUUUUUUAAUAUAGUAUACCACUUUGAAUAUGUCACAGUUUCCACUGAGGAAAAGUUUGCAUAGCAUCACACAGUAAAUGAUGUAUAGCAGUAUCGCAAUGCAACUGUAAAUGCACUGUUCAGUCUAUGAAUAUUUCUGACUGCACCAAAAAGCCAGCCAAUGAAAAUAAUGUUUAUGGACUUCCUGAACAGGAAUGAAAGUAUCUCAUUCUACGGAGAUCAAGGACCGUAUCUUUUCCUGACCCCAUGUUUCACCUGCCCCUAUGUUUUAAUAAAGAAAACCGCUCGUGAGAACUCAGGUCACUAGUUUGUUCAUUUUCU